AUGCCGCGCACGAAGACGGCGGCGCAGUCUUUCUCCUCUCUUCCGUCGGGAUCUCUCGCAUCUUCUGUGCCCUCUGUAUCUGCGCUGCCCGCCUCCACCUCUCUGUCGGCGUGGGUUCCUCCACUCGCGGCGCGGACUGAGGCAGCGUGGCGGGGCGCCGCACUGGGGAGAAGAGGCCUCGAAGAGGCACCCACUGAGCAGAGGCGAGACCGGGGAGGCGAAGAAAAUGAAGAAUCGAGAGAGGGCGAAGAGAGAGAGAGGUGCGCGGACGGCCGGGGGGGGCUAGACGAAGAGCCAGAAGAUGCGCCGGCGGGGAGCGAUGAGUCCCCGGGCGAGGAGAGUCAAGACACCAGCUUCGGCGGCAGCGACGCGCUGGCAGCGAAGAGCGAAGGCAAGAGGCGCGGAAACGGGAGACGCUCUCUGGGGCCUAAGAACGAACGCAGACGCUGUGAAGAUGAACGAAACGAUGCGGAAGGGCGGCUGUCGUCCCCCGACGCCCUCCUCGCGACCGCGCGGCUCUCCCACAGAUGUGUGGAGGCCGCCCGUGAAGCCGCAGGGGCCCGCGGCGUCCUCGCCACGUCGGCGUUGCAUUCAUCUCCUACCUCCUCGCCUUCUGCUUCUGCGCCCUCUUCCUCCUCCUCUCGUCUGCCCUUGUCUUCUCCAGAGGCGCUGGCUGCGCCUUCCGCCGCGAGCCCUUUGUCGGUCUCGUCGGCGGCGUCUCGGUGCGCGUCGCCCGCGCGCGAGGCCGAAGAGGAGGAUGGUGAAGCUCCACACGCAGCUCGCGGAGAGCUUCUUUUUUCGUGGCGAAUCUCCGGGGUCGCGCUUCGUUUGGAGCGUCUGCGCGAUGCGGAGAAAGAGGGGGGCGCGCCGCGGAGCGAGCCCGAGCGCGCGCAGGAAGGCCGCGGCGACGACGGCGGACGCGAAGGCGAGGAAGCAUGCAGCAGCAGCAGCGAAGCUCCGAGCACCGCCGUACCCACAAGAAGAAGUGACGAAGAUGAUGGAAAAGCCGCGGGAAAGCAGCUUCGCGAAGCGAACGGGGCGGUGACAGAGGCCUGCAUGCAGGAGCCCUUAGGCGUCUUGCUCAGCCGCGUCCAAGGCGCUGAGGCUCAGGAAGGCUGCGCAUGCGUUGCUUUGUACGCUGCCAAGCCCGGUCUGCCCGCGAUCCGGGGUUCGAGUGAGGCGGGGGGCUCCGCAGCCUCGCCUUCGGCACCUUUCUCCUCUCCCGCGUGCCUUGGAUACCACUCCUGCGUCGACUUUUCGCAACUCUCGCCGCCGCUGCCGGCGGCUCUCCUUCCCGUCUUCUUCCGCCUCGUUCAACCUCCGAGUCUCUGCGUCUCGCCUUCUCUUCUUCUCUCUGCGCGCGUUCUGUCAGUCGCCGCUUCUCCCCGGUUUUCGCGCGUGUCGUCUGGUUCGGCUUCCUUCGCGGCGCUGUCGCAGGAUGUUCGCUCUCCUUCUCCCUCCGCCGCCAGUGACCGGCGACGCGACGCGCAAGAAAGCGAGGCAGCAGAGCGAGAGAGGGAAAAGGGGGGCGAAGGCGAAGAGGAGAGAGGAGGAAGGGAAGGGGACUCUCAGGACGACCACAGAGAAGAUGAAACUCUGUGCGAAAUCGAAAUCUGCGUCGUCCUCCCCUCGCCGGCGCGCCAACCGGAGGCUGUGCUCGCGGGAGACUCGCUGCGGCUCUUCUUCAGCUGGUUCGAUUCCCUAAGUCUGUAUUCCGCGGGCGUCUCUGCGCGGCCUCAGAAAAACUAUUCCCCGUCGCAGUCUCCUGUGUCCGCUGUGCCGUGGCGAGCGUUUGCUGGAGAAGAGGCCGCACGCGUCGCUGAGCUCGCUUCCUGUCCUGCGGGCGACUGCGCGGAAAAAGAGAGCGAAGAAUCGCUCGCGCGGCGGGAGGGAGGAGACUUCGCCGCCGCGGUCGCGUCUGCGGGUCGCUCCGAGGGCGCCGACGAAAAUAUUCUCUUCAUCGAGCCGCAGUUCCUCUACGACUGCCUCGGCCGCGCUUGGAGGCUUUUUGCGAAGCAAACAAGGCAACCGCCUUAUCCACUCUCCGUUCCACGCUCGAACUCGCCCUCUGCGACGCCGGCGUCUUCGGCGGGUGUGUCUCCGGUUGCGGGAGCAGGGGCAAGUGUGGCGGCGGUGCCGGGCUGGGCGGCGACGUUCUUCGCAGAACUGCAGAAGCUUCGCGAGUGGAGUUGCGCGCAUCUCGUCCUGCCUGCCCAGACUGUGAACCUCGUGUGGGUCUACGUGCCCCUGCCUUCGGGUCGUGUUCUCGCAUUCGACUCGAUUUCGGGCAGGUACAAGUUUCUGGACGCUCUUGAGAGGCGCAGUUCGCGCCAGACGGACGCGAAGGAAACGCCCGCCGAAACCGAAGAAGAAGGGCAGGACCGCAAGCGCCCGGAGGGCGAGGGCAGCCACGACGUAGCUACAGGAGGAGGAGCCGACGCCAAAGGCGAGGAGAUUUUGCACUUUGAUGCGCCCGGUGGCAUGCUCUGCGACCAGAUGGGCUUAGGCAAGACAGUGGAAGCGAUUGCGCUGAUGCUUCUCCAUCCUCAUCCUUCUUCGUCUCCCUCUCCUCGCCUUGCGUCCUCCGCUGACUGGGCCCUUCCUGCAUCCGCCCCCUUGGCGUCGUCUUCCGCUGGUUCCUCGACGGUUUCUGCCUCCAUUUUCGCCUCUGAAGACGAGCUUCCCGCCGCGGCGGUGUUUGACUGUCCGUGCGGUUUCGAGGGUCUCCGCAUCCGCGCCCGCGUGGGCGCUCCCAAGGCGCAGGCAGGCGUCUCCACGCGGGGCAACGUGGAUGACGGAGGUGAGAAUGCGCGCGAGUGCGCGACCCGAGGGGAGAGGGAAAUCCGCCCUGUGCUGGUCUCGCUGGAGGCGGCGCGGAGGGAGAGGAGCACGCGGGCAGGCGCCGGGAAGCGAGCGAGGGCGCUGCACAGCGGCGCGGCGACAGCAGAGGAUGCCGGCGACGCGCAGAGGAGGAAGCGGUCGAGGCGAGCUGCAGACCCGGAGAGGCCGCAGGCGCCAGAGGCGCUGGAACAGGAGAACGAAGGUCAGGGAGAGGAGGAGAAGGGUUUUUCGCAGGGCGGGGGCGCGGAAAGACGUGCGAAUCAUGCGGGCGCAGUCCAGGAGAAGCGUGCGGCAGAAGGGGCUGCAGAAGAGCCUGGGGGCACGCUACGGCCUGAAGACAGCUUCAGGACGUCGGCGAGGAAGACGAGGCGGAGAGAGGAAGUGCGCGAGCUCCUGCUUCCUGCGACGCAGUGCACGGUUUGCGGGCGGUUUUUCCAUCUCUUCUGCAUGGGCAUCACCCGCGAAAAGCGGCUUCUCUCUGAGGACUUCACCUGUUUGUACUGCGAAUCCGAGCCUCUCCUCUCGCCCGAAGCCAGCUUCGGCCGCGGCCUGCCGCCAGCGUUGCCUGCUGCGCGCGGCGCCUCCGCAGCGGACACUUUGCGGGAAGUAAAGGGGACGAUCGUGCUUUGCCCCGCCGCGAUUCUGCAGCAGUGGAGAGAAGAAAUUCGCAAGCAUACCAGACGGGGGGCUGUGCGGCGAACGGCGAUCUACAUGGGUGUCAAGAACGUCAGAGAGGCGCUGAAAAAGCAGCUCGUAGAUGUGGCUCGGAGACGCUUUGCCUCGCAGCUGCUGGAUUCGAGGCCUCUCGAGCGUCUGUCGUCUCUGCUGCCUUCUUCCCUCUCUGCCCCUGUCUCUCCGGCGCGUCGUGAGUCGUCGGUGCCUGCUUCGUUUUCGUCUUCGCCUUCUUCUUCCUCCUCGUUGCCUUCCUCUGUUGGAGUGCCCGCUUCCCAGCUUUGCUCGACUUCCCUCGAUGCGUGUCUUCCGGCGCCUGUGUGCGCGUCCUCUGGGGCGCCGAGUCGCGACUGUCCCUUGCUUUUCGCGGAGGAGACAGAGGAGACGGUCCUCGUGCGGCCGCAGCAGAUGGACGGCGUCGACAUUCUUUUGGUGUCCUACGACACGCUGAGAGAGGAGCUCUGGUUCUCGCCUCUCCAUUGUCGCAGCCGCCAGUAUGGAGGCGUCGCGUCGUCGGGCGCGCCCGACGCUUCACUGUCUCUGCCGACGCCUCGCGGUCCCUCGCCCUCCGUGGCGUCUCCUGCGGCUGGUCUCGAGCCCGCGGAGGCUGAAGCGGACGGCCGCGCGCGCAGGGCGCCGCCGCACGCCAAGGCGCCGCCUUUGCAUGCGGGGCUCGGCCUGCGGCGGAAAAAGCGUUACCGCGUCCUCGCCUCCCCCCUCCUGCGAGUCCACUGGUGGAGGCUGCUCAUCGACGAGGCUCAGAUGGUCGGCGGCUACACAGUCGCUGCCCAGAUGGCGCGCGCGCUCAGCGCGACUUUUCGCUGGUGCGUGUCGGGAACGCCUCUGCUUCACGCCACGAGCGCGUGCAGCAGUGGAGGAUUUUGUCAGAAUUUCCUUGCGGAGAAGGCGGCCUCCUCGGCUUCUCGGCGAAAGCCGGGAGGCGCUGGCGAGAAAAGCGCGGCGCGGAACUCGCAUUUGCCGAAGGAGCUCGCGGGCCUCUUGAGCACUCUGCAGUUGGAGGCCCCCGUGCAUUGGAUUCGCGACCAAGGCGUGCUGCAACAAGUCUUCCAGCCCCUCGCCGUCGGUCUGCCGUCCUCCCUCAUCAUGAAUCCGUGCGCGGCUCGGGCCCUGUCCGUCUCCCCCCCGCGUCCUUCUGUCAGCGCUGCUUCGGCGGCGGCUCUCGCGUCUUCCUCUCGCGCGCUGGCGAGGAGACAGGCCUUGAGCUGGUCGCGGCGGUCAGCGCCCGCGUGGUUGCCCCCGGAGCGCGCCUGGGGGCGCUCGUCUUCGCUCCUCUACAGUCUCAUCGACUUGCUGUUCCCUCUGUUUUGGCGGACGAAUAUGAAAGACGUGAUGGUGGAGCUGGGCGUCCCUGCGCCGAUUUACCAUGACGUCAUCGUCCAUUUCGGUCCAGUUGAGCGUUUCUUCUACCAGCGCCAGCAGCAAGCUGUGCGCCAGAAGUCGUCGUGUCUGCUGUCCGCUCUUGCGUCAUCGGGCGGAUCGUCUCCAGGAUCCGCUGAGGAAGUGAAGAUGCUCGACGACGACGCAUGCAGUGGAGACGGGCGAGGCGGCGUGGGACCGACGCAAGGCGCCGAGCGAGGAGAGGAUCUCCCGGGAAAGCGAGGCACCCCUGUGACCGUGCAGCUGGAUGCCCUCUUGCUGACGCUGCGCCACGCGUGUCAGCAUCCUCAGCUAGGGCAGCUCGGCUUGAAGAAACAGAGACAGCGAGGCCGCGACGAGGGCGUGAGUUGGAUGGGCGUCUCCGGACCGGCUGCGGACCGGCGAGAGGGCGCUGGGCGGGUCGUCAGAAGACGAAGAGCGAGGUUCUCGGCGGCAAGAAGUCGCGCGCGAGGCGACAGCGACGCAGCUGCGCUGCGAGGCGCAGCUGAAGGCCGAGAAGGAAGCAGAGGCAUAAGAGGCGAGGGCGGCGACGAGGGUCUCCUGGCGCACACGCAAGAGGGCGAGCUCGCUACCGAGUUUAUGUCCAUGAACGAUGUCUUGGCGAAGCUCUUGCACGAGGCAAAGCUGCAGGCCGAAGAGCAUCUGCGGAGGCACUGCGCAGCCACGAACGGCCUCGCGGGCUUGGCUUUGAUUCGAGACCGCCCCCAGGAAGCUCUGCACCACUACAGGCACGUGCUGACGCUCGCGCGCAUGGCUUCAGUCGCCGAAGGCGCUCCUACCGCGAAGUCGCCCGGGCUGUCCACGUCAUCUGCCUGUUCGUCCGCUCCCACCGCCGCGCCUUGCUUGUCCGCCGCGCCUUGCCCGUCCGCCGCGGAGCUGGCUUCUCGCCCAUCCUCUCUUUCUUCUCGCCAGUCCUCUCCUUCUGAUUCGCCUUCCUCGUGUUCGCUGGGUUCCCGGGAGAGUGCAUCGCUCGCCUGCUUUCGGCGGCUCUUUCCGGACUUGGCGGCCGAGGAGGAACAAGGCUUUGGCGUCUGGGGCGUCGAGAAGCUCAGCAGCCAGUUGGCAGGCUACUACCACGUCGACAGUCUCCAGCAGAUCCACGCCGCGUUCAACUUGUCAGACGUCCUCGAGCGCCACCUCCGGCUCAUUCGGCCCUGUCUCGAGCGAAGCACCCAAGACGCCAGUAGGGCGUCGUCCCCGCUCGCUGCGUCCGCUGCUUCGUCUUCCCACGGACGCCCCGAGGCAGGGAGCCGGUCGCAGGCCUCGUUACCGCAGGUGUCGUGGUCGCCUCAGCCAGGCGCGAGGUGUCUGUCGCCCGCGCGGAGUCCUCCAGAUUCUCCUUCUCCGACGCUUCCCGAAGCCGUGCACUCGCGGCGCGGGUCUGCGGCGGCUGAAGCCUGCCUUUCGCCUGCGGGAGGUGCGGAGGACGGCAACGCUUGUCUUUCGGCGUCUGAGCGGCUUGCAGAGGAGCGAGUGCGCUACGUGUCGGCAGUCGAGGAGGAGCUCUCGCGCUCGCGCGCGCUGUAUGAGACGCUGAGCAGCAGGUACACGCGCAAGUUCACUGGCGACCUCGACAGAGCUCGCGACACCUUUUUUAAAAGAAAACGCGCCGUCGGCGGCCACCAGCAACGCAGGCUCUGCCUCAUGUCUGGAAGGGACGCGGACGACGCGGCUGAGGCAAAGAGGCUCGGCAGCGAGGCUGAAGGCGACGCCGCGACAGACCUCUGCUACGGCCCGAACCGCCAGCGAAGCAGCGGAGCGGGCGGAGCGACAGCCGGUGACGGAGAGGCCACGAGGGGAGAGCCGGACGCCAGAAGCGCUGGAAGGGGUGCAGAGAAUCCCCCGGGGCGGCGCACGGAUAGGCAGGGUAACCCCGAGACGAGAUGGAAGGAAAAUGCCGCUGCGCAGUGGUAUGCUGUGUGUAUGAGCCUCGGAGACGAGCUAGGCAACGAAAUCGUGAACAGGGUGAGUGACGCCUUGACAGAUUUCCGAGGUGGCGGCUUCGGCCGAUCUGCGGGAGCACUUCGCUUUCCACCGUUCUGCACUUGCACGGGUCUCGUUGCGGCGUUGCAGUUUCAGCUGCAUCAGUUGUACGACGCGCGAGAAGAUCUCAUUAAGGCAGUGACGGCUGUGGACCACGGCGGCCAGCCCUCGGACGAGCUCCUCGCCGCGUUUUCCACGUGCACCAACUGCAACGAACUGUCGCGCUCCCAGUUUCUCUCUCCCGGGGUGCGCCGCGCGUCUGGGCCUGGCGGAGGCGUCACCGGCGCGUUGGAGGCGCAGCGAGUGCGCGGAGACGCGUGCGAGCGUGCCGCUGCGUGCCUCGCUGGAGAGCCGAAGACACGGGGCAAGAAGGACGGGGGUAGAGGGAAAGAAGCAGAGAAAGGGAGGUGUCGGCACUGCCAACUUAUUCCGAAAAUCGACUCGCUGCAGUUUUUCCUCUAUAGCAGAGUGGAGAAAGACGUGGGCGGCAUCGGAGACGAGAAAGGCCUAGAUGAGGGAGGCUACCAUCACUUCGGAGAGAGCGAACUGCUGAAAGUCGUCCGGGUGCUGCGCGCGGUACUUCGGCGCGCCCUCAGCGAGCGCGACCGAGGAUACCAGUACCUCUUGCGUGCGGCUGAUGAGCAUGUGAAGGAACUCGAGGCGAUCAAAAAGGAAUCCGUCGCGGCCGACGCAUAUUUCUUUGCCAGCCGUCAGGUGCUGUCUGCGUUGGACGAGUUGCACAUUAGCAUCUCUCGCUUCCGCUUGAAGAGUCGCGAGGAAGAACUGGCUGAGGUCGCGUAUCGCCGGCUGACACAGGCCGCGGCGCGCUCGAAGCGUCCGGCGGCCGCGCCGUCGCCCUUUGCGGCGCCCGGGUCGGUCGGCGACCCCUUCGCUGUGAGCAGCGGCGAAGUCGAGCCGAUGCGUCACUCGCUUCUCGUCGAGCUCGGCCUCACCGCGGGCGACCUGGAGAAAGCGCAUCGCCAGCACCGAUUUCUGAGUCAUCUCCGCGACGAAGAGGAAGAAAAGUUGCGCCUGCCGCGCGCAGAGGAGCGCCCGCAGGCGCAGAGCGCGCGCGAAGACAGCCCGCGGCACAGAGAUGCUCGCGCGGAGGGGCUGCUGGAGGCAGCGCCGCACGUCGAACUUGUCGGACGCGUCGCGAAGGAGACAGCGGCCGCAGAGGCCAGCGGCGACGCAGAGGACACUGGCGGCAGGGACGGAGGCGAGAGGCGCGCCGGCGAACCAGAGCCGAGGCGCCGAACGAAAAGCGAGACGGGGGGGAGCAGGAGACGGCGCCGCGGCAAGCAGACUCUGAAGUCACCCAAGAGAGACGUGAGGCACAAGACGGAAGGCGCGAAAGGCUUGAGCAACCAGCAGAAGCAGAUGCCGCGGGAAGCCGCUCGGAUCUCCCCGAAGUCAAACGGAAGCUCUUCCCGGGCGGCGCGACCGCAGCGGUCUUCGAGCGACGAAGGUCCCGCAGAGCAGAAACAUGCGGGCGGCAAGCCAGCGAGUAUCGAGGAGGCCCAAGACGAGAAGGCGGAACGGGAAGAGAAAGGCGCGAGUGAGAGGGCCUCGGCUGCCCUUUGUCCCGUCUGUCUCGUCGAGCUGGAGGAGCGGACUUUCAGGGCCGUCCUCCCUUGCGCGCACCAAAUCUGCGUAGAAUGCAGCCGCGCGCUCAAACCGGAGAGACUCGGCCAGGGGAAGGCCGCUGGGGUGCCGCCGAGUUCGAGUCCGCUGCUGAACAGGUCCCUACUUUCUGGAGGCCUCUCUCGGAGCUCGUCUUUCUCGUUUUCAGCUUCCUCGACAGCUUCGAAUAUCAAACUCCGACGGUGUCCCGUGUGUCGCCGUCCCUUCUCUCUCUCGCAAGUUGCCUUCAUCUCUUGUCGCCCCUCCUUCCUGGCUUCUUCGGCGGACUCGUCCUCCCCCUAUGCUGGCUCAGAGUCGACGCCGACAAAAGGCAGAAGAGAGCGCCCGGUGUCGCCUGAGUCUUCGUCAUUCUCUCCCUCCCGCGCUCCACUCACCCCACUCACCCCCCCCUUGCAGAGUGGCGGCGCGGCGCUGGACGAAGGCCGCGGCCGAAACGGAGACGUGCAGCGUGUUCCUGAUGGAGACUUGAGCAGAGGACGUGAAGGCGAAACAGGAGGCCGCGAGGCCCUUCGAAGCAGGCAAGGCGAGAUCUGCACGGGAAAACCGUCUCAGCGUGCAGAGGAGCGAGAGGUUGGCUGGCUUUCCGAGGCGACGCACAAGACGCGACACGAACAGCCCACGAGCGAGCUCGCGGCGACGAGAGGAGGCGAGAGAGAGGAAGAAGAAGGAAAGGCGAAGCGAGAUCGAGAAGCAGAGGACGGACUAACCCGAAGUCGCGCCCCUCCUUCCUCCCUGAGCGCGCGGCUUCGAGGGAGGUACUCCGCCAAGCUGGCCGCCAUCAUCGAGAAAGUUCUCGAGAUUCUUCACGAGUCUCCGUCGCCGUCUACGCCGGCGGGUCCUCCGGCGUCCGCGCCCUCGCGCUCUCUCUCCCCGGAGCGGUUUCCGGGCUCCAGCGCGUCGGCUCGUCCUUCCUCGUUGUCUCCUGAACCUUCGGCGUGUGCAGCCUCCGCGCCCUCGAAGAUUCUGAUUUUCUCCGAGUGGCCUGCGGCGCUCGACUUGCUGCAGGAGGCGCUGCGGCGCACGGGUGUCGCGACUCUCAAGUACCUCGGCGGGCACAGCAAGCCGCAGCUGGCGAAACUGCGCUGCUUCCGCCACGAUCCCGACGCGCGCGUGCUCCUGUGCAGCCUCCUACGCGCCGGCAGAGGCCUGACGCUCACCGAGGCGAACCACGUGAUCUUCCUCGAGGUGCCGCUAAACUUGGCUGAGGAGGAACAGGCCGUCGGGCGCGUCUACCGAAUGGCGCAGAAAAGACAGACGCACGUGUGGCGAUUCAUCGUGAAGGACUCAGUCGAAGAGCGAAUUGUUCAGAUGAGACACAAUCCGAGGGACUCGAUCUCUGCCAGGCUCGCAGCCUCUGCAUGUGAGAGAGAAGAAGGCGAUGCAGAGAAUGAUGAUCGAGAGGACGGGAGAGACGAGGAAGGCGCAGGAGAGGGAGCCUAUGACGGAGAUUCGGCUUCAAACGUGCUUCUCCGCCUCGGGCGGCGAUUAACCGCAGGAGACGUCGCCCUUCUCUUGGGUGUCUCGUCGGACGCGUCUUCGCAGGCUUCGCAGUCUUCUUGUUCCGCCUCUUCGGCGUCGAGCGCGGCGUCCUCAGUCGCGUCGCCUCCGGCGUGUGCUUCCUCCUGGUCGUCGGCCCUGGCGUCUCGCGCAGAGCCUCAUGCCGGCGCGAGCGCUGCGUCCUCGCUCUUGACCCGCCAGGGGAAGGAGAGCUCGGCGCCGGCGGAGCUUUUUUCGGCGGAUGACCUACAGCGGAGUGAAGGGGCGGUGGGGUCGCAUGUCCCCUUUCGCGCGUGUGCCGCCUCGCUCACGCCCUCACAGGCGGCGGUACAAGCGGCCAUGCGCCGAGCUACGUUGUUCGAGGCAUCUCAACCUCGACGCGAAGAGCAGUGA